UUCUCAUUCGUUCAUUCGAAGUUUCGAAAGGUGAGCGCGCGCGUGUUGUCGUUUUCGUAGUGCGUUGUAUUUUAUGAAGAUUUUCUAGUUAAAACUGUGCUCUUUUUGUGCCAAAUCAUGGAUCUAAUGCUAAGCAAUUUCAUCACCGACGAUGGACCUGUACUGGAAAAGAAAAUGAAAACCGGUGCCGUGACGGACAGUAGUGGAGGUAAGUUCUCCAUGGUUUUCGGCAAGAGCCAACCGGUCAAAGCUGUCGUGGCCAGAAAGAGGCCUUCCGUUGCACUGAAAGCGAGCAAUCAGAAGGGAGGAGAGGAGGCGAAGAAGCCCAUGUUUUCGUUGAAACCACAGGAAGCUGUUCCGGUUAAGAAAUCGAUUCCCCCAGAGCGGAAAGAACCCAAAUCGGAUUCUUUCCAAAACAAAAAGGUGGAGAAACCUAUCGAUAUCAAACAUAAAAGUCACGACAAGUCAAAGGCAGAAAAGCCAGAAGCUACAGGUCCGAAAUUCUCGCUAACGGACAAGUUCGCCGAGGUCAAGAAGCACCGGAAGUCGAACAUGUUCGACCGGAUGAAGCACGACAUGCCCAAGGUGGAACUGCCGGAGGUGCAUCCGUUGACAGAGAAGGUAUUCAGCGAGGUCACCAUCGAUUCGUUGGACAUUCAUCCCCACUCGAAGAAGAACAUCGCGGAUUUGCUCCAUUUCAAGCACCUGACCGUGGUCCAGAAUCUGUCCAUUCCAAAGAUUCUGGAUGGGAAGGAUGUGCUGAUUCGAGCCCAAACGGGCUCUGGAAAGACACUGGCCUAUGCGCUGCCUCUGGUGGAGAGAUUGCACUCGCAGGAAGUUAAGGUUUCACGGUCGGAUGGAAUCCUGGCUGUGGUCAUUGUUCCGACGAGGGAAUUGGCCUUGCAGACUUAUGAGCUGUUUGUGAAGUUGCUGAAGCCUUAUACGUGGAUCGUUUCCGGGUAUUUGAGUGGAGGAGAGAAAAGGAAGGCCGAAAAGGCUCGAUUGAGAGCCGGGUUGAAUAUAUUGAUAUCAACUCCGGGGAGAUUUUGUGACCACUUGAAGAACACGGAAUCGAUGAAGAUGAGUGCGGUUAAGUAUUUGAUUCUGGAUGAGGCGGACCGUUUACUGGAGCUGGGGUAUGAGAAGGACGUGAAGGAAAUAGUGGAAUCGAUUAAGGAGAACAGGAAGGACGACGAUUCUCCCAUUCAGACGGUUCUUUUGUCAGCAACGUUGACAUCUUCCGUUAAGGAAUUGGCAGGAUUGACCCUUAAAAAUCCGGACUAUGUGGACACGAGCGACAUUGCAGUGGAACGUCGAUUCGACAACGUUGAGGACAUGGAGGAACGGAUAACCAUUCCGGCUACGGUACGCCAAGGCUACAUCGUAAUUCCUCCGAAAUUACGACUCGUCACUCUGAGUGGAGUGAUUGCCUACGAAUUCAACCGCCAAGCCAACAAAUGCCUCGUCUUUAUGGCCACCCAGGACAUGGUAGACUUCCACUACGACGUCAUGGUUGAAGUCCUCACUCAGAAAAGGCCCGAUUCAGACGACGAGAAAGACUCCGAAGACGAGGACGAAGAGAACCUGAGCGUAUCGGAAUCCGAACCGGAAGAUAAAUCCACCGACAUAAUCCUUCUGCCCAAAGUGUCCUUCUUCAAGCUGCACGGCAAAAUGACCCAAAUCGAACGCAGUUCGGUCUUCAAAGAGUUCCGCGCGGCCAAAUCCGCGGUCCUUCUCUGCACGGAUGUCGUUGCCCGCGGAAUUGACGUCCCCAGCGUGGAUCUGGUCAUCCAGUACCACGCCCCUCAAAUCCUCGCAGAUUACGUGCACCGAGUGGGCCGCACAGCCCGAGCUGGCCAGUCCGGAAAAGCCCUGCUCUUCGUGGAACCAUCCGAAAUCCAGUUCAUCACAUACCUCGCCGAAAAACAGAUAAAACUCGCCGAGGAAAGGGUGGAUCCGAUUUUCGGUCGCAUAGGAGUGUUGAUCAAUAGCGUCCCCGGACGGAAGAACAAAAACAAGGAACAGGCGGCCAUCGAGCUGCAGCAUCGGUUCGAAAAGCUCGUCGCCGGCGAGAAGCAGCUCCGAGAGUCCGCCGGGAAAGCGUUCGUUUCCUGGGUGCGCUACUAUUCCAACUUCCCGAAGGAGCUGCGGCGGAUUUUCUCCAUCAAGGCGGUCAAUAUGGGCCAUUAUGCCAAGUGUUUGGGACUGCGCGAUCCACCGAAGCAGUUUAUGCGGCAGCACACCGGACCCAAGAGGGACGGACAGGAGGGCGAUGAUGGUGACCAGGGAGGCCGACCCAGGAAGUUUGGAGCAGAGAGGGGACGAGGUGGAGGUGGUGCGGGACGAGGUGGACGACCUGGUCGAGGAGGUAAACCAUUCGCCGGAAAUCCUCGGAAGCGACCAUUCUCCGCAGGUAACAGCAGUAACGGCCCACCGGGAGCCAACCGGAAGCCCAAAGACCUUGCCGGCUAUGCACAAACCUCCCGCAUGAUCAACACGUCCGAGUUCGCCAGUGGCCUUGCGCCGGCUCGGAAAAAGGCCCGAAAGAACUGAUCCCUCCUUCCCCGUCUGAUACCGAGGAACACGUCUGUAAAUACGCUUUCAACUGGAAACCUCGUACCAUUAUUUGUUUUUAUAACCAUUACUCGAUCGGUCGUGUAUAGCAUAAUAUAAUUCGCAUUACAGAAAUAAAUUAAGGAAAACCAA